AUGGCCGAAAAACGAAAACUGCUCAAUGAAAUUGAUAAAUGUUUCAAAAAGGUGGAGGAAGGAGUGGAAUUAUUCGAAGAAACAAUGGCUAAAAUGCAGGAAGCAAAUAGCGAUAAUCAGAGGGAGAAGUUUCAGGAUGAUUUGAAGAAAGAAAUAAAAAAGUUGCAAAGGUUAAGGGAUCAAAUUAAGGGUUGGCAAAACUCAUCCGAUAUUAAGGAUAAGGAUAAAUUGACUUCUUAUCGGAAAUUAAUAGAACAAAGAAUGGAGCAGUUUAAAGAUAUUGAAAGGGAGAAUAAAACCAAACCACAUAGCAAGCAAGGGUUAUCAGCCGAAGAAAAGCUUGAUCCACGAGAAAAAGAAAAAACAGAAACUGUAGAAUGGUUGCAGUGCCAAAUACGAUAUCUGGAAGACGAAGCCGAUAAGACUGAAUCACAAAUUGAAUCUUUGUCAACAGCUGAUCAAACUCGAAAGAAAGGAAAAAGAGAUGAUCCAAAGAAAGGGGAGAAAGAGAAAUUGAAACGACUGGAUGAUUUGAGAAAACAUCUGGAACGGAUAAGGUUUCAUGUAUCAAAAUUGGAAAUUUGUAUGAGGCUUGUUAAUAACGAAACAUUAGAAAGUAAGAGAGUAAUGGAUGCGUUAAAAGAACCCUUCGAAAUGUACAUCGAAUCUUUAGAUCCUGAAAGUGAAAAUGAUUCUGAAUCAUUUGAUCCUGAAACAACAGGAGUUUAUGAUGAGUUAGAUUUGCAGUCAUAUACUCCACAGUUAGGUGGUGCUAUUUUUGGUUCGGUUGAUUCUGAUGAGAAAAUGGAAAACAAUAUCGAUGGGAGAAUAUCACCAGCUGCAUCACCUGCACCGGUUUUACCGAAGGAAACGGACGAUAACGCAACAAAACAAAGACAUUUGAGUGGCGAGCCCAGUGCACUUCUUACACGACAAAUAUCAGCUAGCAGGAGUACACCAGCUACACCAUUAAAACUUAGCAAUCAAGUGAGCGGUGAAAGUUCGCUUAGUUCACCACCGCCACCAGCCACACCACCACCACCUCCAGGAAUACCAUAUAGCGUGGCUGUUGGACUUGGGACGAAAAACACCAAAGGAAGCAUUGUACAAACAAGUGUAAAGCAACCAGUUGAAGUGAUACGACAGUCACCGGGUAUUAUUUCUGUGACAACAACAACAACUACCAGUUCACUUGCUCAGCAACAACAUCAGCAACAACAACAACAACAACUUAUUGCAAUAUCCGGAGUAGUUCAACAUCAACAACAACAACAACAAGUACAGCAACAACAGCAAUCAACAGUUCCUCUUGUAAAUGAUGAAAAUGCAAUCCCAUCACCACUGCAUGUUGACAUGCCAUCAAGUCUAUCAUCACAAGCAACUGCAACGCUAAGUCCCGGAAUUUUGCCAACAUCACGAUCUUCAACACCGGACUCUAAUGUUGCUAAACGUUUUUCCGUUUCAAGUUCAGCGAGUAGCCAUCAUGAGAUUGCCACGUUGAAGUCAAUGGCAGCACAAGCAUCAUCAUUGCAAAAUUCAGUGACAAUUACAACUGCCUUAAACAUGCCACCAUCAAAUGUGACACAUUCUGCAACAGCACUGGUAACUUCUCAAGUGAACAGCGAGAUGAAUAAUGCGCUAAAUAUGGCUACUGUAACUGCAGGCGCAACUACAGUUAAUGCAACUACAGUAUCAUUGCAAAAUAAUGUAGCAGGGAAUGACAUUGAUCAGAAUGCUCUGCGACAGGUGCUACGGAUGAGUACCACUCAGGAUGCACGAAAUCACUUGCCACAAGCGGCUGUGAUACCAGCAUGGCUUGGAGCAUCGCCAUUAGGUCGUUCACCAGUAAUGCCAGAGCAUGAAACACAGUUGAAAUUAUUGGAACAUGCGCUAACGCGAACACCAUUACCAAUGGAUUCCGAAAAGCCACGAAGUUAUUUGCCGAAAAUGCCAUGCGUAACCGCAACUUAUUAUCCGCAAGCACCUCUAAUUAAUGCGGAUACGUUAGAAUAUUAUCUUCGUUUGAGUCCAGAAACACUUUUCUUCGCUUUUUAUUAUAUGGAGGGUUCACGUGCACAACUAUUAGCGGCGAAAGCACUAAAAAAGCUCUCGUGGCGAUUCCACACGAAAUAUUUGAUGUGGUUUCAGCGACAUGAAGAACCGAAACAAAUAACUGAUGAUUAUGAACAAGGUACAUAUGUGUAUUUUGAUUAUGAAAAAUGGUCCCAGCGUAAAAAGGAGCAGUUUACAUUCGAAUAUCGUUAUUUGGAAGAUAAAGAUUUCGAUUGA